AUGGCCAUGGCGACGCGCAGGACUAUGAGUUGCACCGCUACCAUCACCGCCGAGAAGCGCGCCAGCGUCUCCUCCAUCGACGAUGCCGUCCAAGAGCCGGCCUCCAAGAAGCUGCGGAGAAGCUAUGUCGCGUGUCAUUCCCACAAGAUCAAGUGCUCGGGUGAGACGCCAUGUCGGAGCUGUAGAAAGUCCAACAACUCCACCCAGUGCGUCUACCCGGUCCGAGAUCGGAAGGUUGUCAUCUCAGAGAGUUAUCUGAAGAAGCUUGAAGAGGAGAAUGCUUCCUUGAAGUGUACCACUCCCUCUUCGACCAUUGGUACCUCUCCGGGCCAAGUGUCUCCGGAAGACAAUAAGCAAGACAUUUUUGACGGCGACAGCGAGGUCGACGUUGCCAAUGUUGAUGUUGUCAACCCUCUUCUGGAAGAACACAGCCGUCCGGCACCAUAUGAGCGCGCGUCAGGCAAACCUCUCUAUAUCGGCGGGGCAGCAUGUUCGGCUUUUGGAACCAGGCUACGCUACUAUGUCAAGGGCGGUGAUACGAUAUCACAGCCCAGGCGUAUGGUUUGCUACAAGCAUAGGGGCUUGUUGCGCAUUGCCAAUACCGAGUUCCAGCUGCCGAACAAGACGUAUGCGCGAAUGUUGGUGCAGGUCGUGCUGAGGUUCACUGGUUCGGACUACCACCUAAUUCAGCGUAAGAGUUUCAUGAAAAGGCUCGAGGAGACGUAUAGUGCGCAGACACAUGACGACCCUGUGUUUCUGUGCAGGUUGUUUGUAGUCUUUGCCCUCGGAGAGCUGUAUUCGAAGAAGGCGUCCGUGUCUGGAAACCGGAGGAUGGUGCCAGGCAUUGCUUUCUUCUUGCAGGCCAUGUCUCUGUUUCAAGACUUGCAUGAGGAGGCGGAUGUGGAAUACAUCGAGACGCUAUUGGUGAUGUCAUUUUACUCUCAUGCGUUGAACAGAAAGAAUACGGCCUAUACCUACGCAGGACUUGCUCUUCGAUUGAGCUUGACGCUUGGCUUGCACCGGAACAUCACUUUCGAUUCUAGUACGAGCCCGGUUGAGAUUGAGAACCGGCGGCGCGUAUGGUGGACCGUUUACACCUUUGAUCGUCUUACGAGUUCUAAACUUGGACAUCCAGUUAUGGUUCGGGACGAAGAUAUUGACGCUCCAUUUCCAUCGGUAGAUGGUCUAACUCUUGAACAGCGCGAAGAGUUUGUGGGGGCGGAGCAGUUGGUCGCCAAUAUCAAACUCGCACAAAUAACGGGACAGAUAUUGAACUUGAUCUACUGUAUUCCAAACAAGGAUCAAGAGACCACUUUCGUAAGGAACAUGCAUAAGAUCUUGAACAGCCUGAAGGAAUGGGACGCGAUGCUGCCGGAUUGUUUACGAUUGGAUCCUAAAGCAUCGCCACCUUACCGUACUCGGUCGGUGGCUUCUUUGCGGUUGCAUUUUAACCAGUGCGUUGUCCUUGCGACCCGCCCAAUCCUUCUUUACGUCUUCAAAUACCAUGUCCGGCCAACUCAUGGUACCGUCGCGUCUCCCAGCACUGCGAAGCCUUUGUCUCCCAUGACCACUGCUCUCAGCGAAGCCUGCAUUCAUGCCGCUCGCUCAUCCAACAAGUUACUCGCCCAGCUCUGGAUUGAUGGCUCCAUCGCCACUUUUGGAUAUUUUGACGCCCAUUACAUUUUUUCUUCGACGAUUGUACUCCUCAUGGCCAAUAUCCUGUAUCCCAGCGAGUCGGACAAAGAGAGUAUUGACCUGGCAUGGAGCCUUUUGCAGACCAUGGCCGAUGAUGGAAACCUGCCGGCCAGCGAGUACUGUGAACGCCUUGUCCUGCUACAGAAGGAUCUGGAUGACAUGUGCGGGGACAGCCAGAGCAGUUCCAUGACGGCAACGACGCCACCAAACAGGUCACUGGACCAUGACUCCAAAAUUGAUCCGCGUCUGUCCUCGACAUCAAGCUUCAAGCAGUCUCCACAGAGCGACCAGAUUAGCCCGACGACUGUGAUAGAUCCACAACAGUUUUUGAGGGGAGCAGCCGGACCGUCACCGCCGAGUAGUGCUCCACUGGAUGAUCCGUUCAUCCAGGACUUUUUGACGCAGCCGGAUAAUCAGUGGAGUCCCGGCACGCUAGAUGUGGGCGGAGACAGCUCGAUACCAUGGGCCUUUAGUUGGGAGGCUGGAGAGUUGCAGAGCCAAUUUGCAUCUGCAUGA